CUGGAUGAGAGUCUUCCAUUUUCCUCUCAUCUUUGCUAUCUACAUCCGCGUCACUUAUUAAGUAUCGGGCAUCUCCAGACUAAACACUGUUUAACAAAUCAACACCGCCGCAUAUAUCCAGAAGCUGCCGGAAAAUUCACGAACUGGAUAUACAUUAUGGCAAAAAACCCAUUGAAGAGAACCAUAGAGUCUUCCAACGUGGAGGAUCUUAUGGUAGCUGACCAUGUGCCUCCGUAUGACCUGAGUAAUCGAGAUAUUCCCCCACUACCAUUCUUCAGCGAAGGAGCGGUGGACGCUGCAAAAACCGGCAAAUGCCUCGUGGAACUCUUACGCAAAAAUAUACGGAACCAUCCCUACAAAGGAAAAGAAGUCGAUCAUAUGAUUUCCUGGUUGGACCAAUACAAGACCCCCAAAUACCGACAACGCAAUCUGUAUCUAGCACUGGUAGGUCGCUCCGGAGCUGGAAAGUCAUCUCUCUUGAAUGCUCUUCUCGGUCAUGACAUAGCAGAGCACAAUGCAGAGGGUGGCAGUGUGACAUAUGUCAUUCAGGAAUUUCAUUAUCUAUCGCGGCCAACAUCGCAACCUUUCGAAGCCCACAUUGAGUUCCAUCCAUUUGAAGAGUGGAAGGGCAUUCUGACGCGACAUUUCAAUUCAUACAUGGAGUAUCGAGAGCUGGAAGCACGACGGAAACCCAGCUUCAUCCAAGAUUCUUUGGACGACGAAGAUGAAGAUAGCGAUGAAGAAGUUGGAGCUGGAGUAGACGAUGACAAAUUGACGGAAGCCCGGGCCCGAGCUACAGCCACUAUGACUGUAUUGCAUGCCUUGUUUCCGGAACGGUUCCCUUCGCCAGAUACAGCUAGAUUGUUCCUGGAAGAGGCCGCGGCCGAAACGAACCGCGAUAAGUCGGAAAAACUAGCAAUGUUACUUCACGACCUGGAAAAAAUAUAUGAUUCAGUUGGCCUCAACCAGGAUGACACUGUGGUCUACGCGGAGAGUCAAGCAGAGGAUCUGAAGGCCCUGGUUAAACCGUUCAUAACCGAAGACGACCACCCUGCCUUCAUCCCGGCUACAAAUAUCAAAUGUUCACUAUGGGCCAUGGUAAAGCGUGUACGAUAUAAGCUGCGAUCACACGUUCUGAAGACCGGUUGCGUCCUCGUUGACACACCGGGUGACACAGACACGAACCUGUUCCGCGUGGACGAAACUGCGCGAUAUAUCCAAUCCGCCGAUAAAAUCAUCUUGGUAGAUGACUUCAGUCGUAUAUAUACGGAAGAUGGAAACUUCAGGAGAUUACAGCUCGUAGAUUCCAGAAAGGGGCCUGGACAUGUCAUUGUGGUAGGAACCAACUCCGACAAGGCUGAUAACAAAGGCGAUAAGCUUCCCUACACACCCGGAGAAAACGAUGAAUUGAAGGAAAUCUGGAAGCAAAUUUCAGAGAUGAGGCAGGCAAUAAAGGUUCGAGAGAGGGAACAAAAUGAGGCGGAGUUGCAGUCCGAUUACGAGUCUGCCAGGAACAUCAAGGCCGACGUCGCCCUCAAGAAGAAGCUGGAGGCCUGUCUAAGUCGCAGGGCGAACAGCAUCAUAUGGACUGCUCGCCAUCGUCGCGUAUCUGCAAUGUUCCAUACUCAAUACCGGAACCGUACAGGCUAUGAAAAAGUACUGCCAUUCUUCUUGGUGAGCAGCUCUGAGUGGAACAAGAAGCAUCUACUAGGAUAUCAAGUAAAGAAAGCCCCACGACUAAGCAGGGAAGCUACCGGAGUUCCUGGUCUCAUCGAUUACUUGUUGGGCCUACCAACCGAAGCAAAAUUUGCCAGUUUGUGUCAUUGGAUUACCGAUGUCCUUCCUUUUGUCUUGGAUCGUAUUGAGAGUCUGCCCGCGAUCUCCCAUCUUGAACAGAAAGAAAUUGCACUGGAAUAUUGUGAAAUAACUCGGAAGAAUAUGUGUUCGCAGAUCGAAGAUCGCUUUCAGAACUUGGAAGAGAAGGCCCUGAAUAGUAUUGUCGAGCAAUUAGGGAAACACGGACCAACUGCCAUUGAAGCAGCCCGCAAAGUGUGCAAGGAGAAAGAAAAGAAUCUCAGAGCCUCGUCGCACUUAGCAGUACUCAAACGAAAUGGGAAACAUAAGACACCGAAGAUCAGUCAACAAGACUGGAACGAUUCUUUCUUGGAGUCUGUCCGGAAUGGAGUACGGCCAACUUUCAUUAAUGCCGCGGGCCGUGUGGAUGCAAAAGUGAAACAAGUCAACAAAGACUUCCGAUCCUCAAUGGAUGAGCUGGUCGAGAAAUUUCGCAGCGACCCAUCAUCAGGAAGGGCGGUGGGUUUCAGCACGAGUCUCGAUGCUUUUGGAAAAUCGCGCAUCGCUUUCCUUAGGCACGAGGUGGAGCUCACACGAGGAUGCCUUAUCGAUGACAUACGCGACGUUCAAAGCAAGGCUACGGAGAGCGUCGACAACUCAUAUUUUGCGGAGAUUAUGGUUCCCAUCUACAAAACUGUCAUCAAUGAGCCCGUGAGACUUGGAAAGCCGAAAGGAAAAUCACAACACAAGAUCAGAUGUGAAACUCUCGAAUCGAAAGUGUGCAUGCGCACUGGCGGACCAUUCAGCAAAUUGACCAGGAAAGUUGAAUCGGAACUUCGCCAAACCGCCUGGAAAUACCGAGACGAGCUGGCUGAAAAGGUCGGGCAACAGUUUCAACAGAUCGAGGAUGAUAUCCGUCUCGCAAUGGAAGACAACGACGACGACGGAGUUUUCGAUCAAGAGAGAGAGAAGUUUUUCAAGAAGCUUGUUGGGGACGUUCAUGAGGCGCGAAAAUUACUCGAAGAUGCGGAUAAGAAGCUACAGACUGCGAAAAAUCACUGA